AUGGCUUCCAGGUUUGGCCAGAAGAGAGUUGGAAGAUGCUCGGAGUACUCGGACUCCUAUCUGCUGAAGGAUCCCAGUCCUUUGAGGGAGCUCUCUCACAGCACCUCCUGGUGGGCUGACAGGGAGGAGCACAGAGAGCAAGGAGACUGGGAGCAUCUAAAGGAGAUGGAUGAGCAUGUGGCCAGGCUUCAGGAAAUGCUGAGAUGUGAACGGGCCAAAUGCACUCGUCUGCAGCUGCGGUGUAACCAGCAGGAGGCGGAGCUGAGGCUUCGAGAGCAGCACAUCAACAGACUGAAGGAGCGAGUGGCUGACCGACACAGAGAGAAAGGACCCUCAAUAGAGGUGUUGAACUUUCCGCCUGGAGGUCGAGGCAAACGAGAACAGCCAAUUAAGUCAUUCCAGUCUACCGCCAAACGAGAGGAGACAACACUGCGUCUGAUGCUGGAGCGCAGAGAAGCAGAGCUCAGGGAGGCCAUGAAGCUGCGCCACAGCCUCACCACUUUACUCCAUGCACUCAGAGUCGACAUGGAGGAUACCCUGUCAGACAUGGUGGCUGUUCAGGAAGAAGUCCCGACUGAUGACAAAAGGCUGGAUCAAGCUGAGAGAGCGCUUGGUGACCAUGUAACAGGAGGUGUGGUUCAGAGUUGGAGGCAGGUGCAGAAGAGACUUAGUGACGUCCCACCUGAAGGCCACAAUGGCGUUGAUACCGACCAUGACAAGCUCCUGGCUCGACUAGAAACUGAACGGAAGGAGAGUCAACAGCUUGUCAGACUACAACAGCAGCUGCUGCAGGACAGCCUUGCUUCACCUGUCAAUGCUGAACUGUCUGAUUCCUACUUUCUGGAAGAGUGGGAACGUCUUCAGGUGCGCUGGGCAGAGCUCAAUCAUCAGCGGCGGACUUUUGAAAGGGAGAGGCAGUCCUUCACCGACGCUGCCAUCCGACUGAGCCAUGAGCGCCAUGACUUUGAGCAACAGAAGGCCUCUCUCCUGAAGCAGCAGUAUCUGUGCGACUCCCCUCUGUCUGGUAAAGGAGCACCAAGCAACAACACGAGAGAGAGCACAGCACUCGAUUUCUCAAGUUUGGGGCCCACUGGCAUAUCUGACUGUCUUCCCACUACACCAUCUUCCACCAAGUCGGGGAUAGCUGCUCUUUCUGGAUCACAUGAGGGGAGAUUUAGAGUUCAAACCCCAAGCACUCCUGAGCUGUACUCGGCCCUCAAUCUGUCAUACCACUGCAGAACCAGAGAGGUCGAUGACCAGUCGGAGACAUGGGACGGCAGAGUAGGCGGGAUGGUGCACACACGACAGGCUGCACACCUAGACUGGUUUUUUUAAUACCAUUUUGAUGAUAGGUGGCGAUUAAAAACAUAUGGCACCUUAUUUCUACUUUUUAAAUAAUCAAUAAAGGCUGAUUAUACUUGAAGCCUGUUUUUGUUUUUUUUGUUGUUUUAAGAAUAAAAAUACCUUUUCUCAGUUGUUAUCCA